AUGGACGACCAGAUGUCCAGCUACCCUGAGCCCGACAGCCAGCAGCACUACACUCUUUACCCACCUCCGGGCCAGCAACAAUUGUUGGACCCUGUCCAGCAAGAACAAUUGCAGUUCAGCCAACUCGGUCAGCUUGGUCAGGCCAUCUAUCCCAAGGCCGAGGGCGAGGUCGACCCGAAUGCGCCAAACCACAUCGAACAGCGCAUCGAGCAGCUGCAGCAGCAACCACCACACCCUCAACCUCAACACCAGCACCAACAUCAGCACCCUCUGCAACAACACGACCAGCACCACGACCAACAUCAACAGGCCCCUCUUGGUCCACCUCCACCACCGCCAACUGCACAGCCUCAAGGUCCUCCAGUUCAGGGAGAGACUCCCCAGAAGGCCAAUCGUCUGCGCAAGGCAUGCGACUCGUGCAGUAUCCGCAAGGUCAAGGUACAUGGCAUCUGUUGCGCCAAAACGUCUCCUCCUGUCCCUCUACUAACCUCGCAUCAUAGUNGUGACGAGUCUGGUCCGCCAUGCAGAGCAUGCGCUGCUCUAGAGAUUCCAUGCACAUUCGAACGUCCUAGCCGCCGUCGCGGUCCUCCAAACCGUCAUGCAGAGGCAAUCAAGCGCCGCCGUCUUGAAGAGUCACCACACAUCAGCGGACAGUCAACGCCCUCUUCGCCUACUCACGCCGCUCAAGCUCUAGCAGCUCUGUCUUCUCAUCCCUCUCAUCCUCCCAUCUCGGCUGAAUCUAUUUGCGACUUCCAGACGUUGGAUCUCCUCGUCAACGACUUCUUCACCUACAUUCACCCAUUGUGCCCAUUCCCACACGAGCCCAGCUUCCGGGAAGCUUGGAAGAGAAGAGAAGACUACAACAAUCGUGCUUUCCUGGCCCUGCUGUCAUCCAUGGUAGCUGCUCUUGUAGCUUCCUUCCCGCGGAAGCCCAGACUGCAUCUCAAGGCACAACGCAGAGAGCUUGAGUUCCCUAACCACAUGGCACUUGUCUUGAAGUGUCAAAAGGUUUGUGCCGAUGCUCGUGGACCAGGCUAUCUCGAUAGUGAGAACCUGAGUGUCCAUGAUGCUGCGACCAGCUACUUCCUUGGUCUCUCGGCUUGCUACACAUUCAGAUGGCGUCAGUGUCGUCUGUAUUGGAGCGAGUGCUUGACAAUCAUCAGAGCUCUCGGUCUGCACAAGCCGACUGAGCAGAACUUUACGCGAUUGGGAAUGUUGCCAGCAGCUGUGGGUUCGAACGGGCCGAAUGUUGAGGGUAACCGCGACGACGUUCUCGACAACAUCACCCUCGAGAUGGGCAGAAGAAUCUUCUGGACAAUGUUUGUGAGCUCGAAGACGAUUCAUCAGUGCGGUUCUGCCUUUAGCGAACUUGUCAUUCCGCCCGAGACUCCAUCCAUGCCUUACCCUCCACUUCCUGUCGAGGUCGACGACUUCUGCAUCUUCCCUGGACACAUUGAGCCGCAGCCGCCAGGCCUUGUUCCCAUGAUUGCUGGCUUCAAUGCUAAUGUCAGGAUCUUCAUGUCUUACAGUCCUCUCUCUACCAUGGAACUGGCUUGGNGAGUCGAUGCCUUGGUUGACAUUGAUCGUCAGAAGAAGGUCCUCCAUGACUCACUGGAGCGAUGCAAAUCGGCUAUCAGAGAGCUACCGCCUGUACUUGUCAUUUGGCCGACUGACAACAACCCCUUCGCUAACCACAAUGGAAACGAGCUCGGACUUGAUUUCUCAAACACAUCGUAUGCACGCGACCCAGCAACUUUGAAUCCUAAUACGGUGGACGCCACACCCGAGGAUCGAAGAAGACGACAAUACGAGAUCCAGAAGGCGAACAUUCACGGAAGCGGUCUCUGCACGAGGUCCUACAUCGUCGAGAAGUACUUCACUCUGAUCGAGGCGCAGGCUCGAAGCAAGCUCCAGGCUGAGAACGCCGAGUCUGGUCUGUCGAGCGAAGUCGCUGCAGAACUUGAUGGACUGCUUUCGGAUGGAGCUUCUGCUGAUGCACUGGACCGUGAGAUGUCGGAAGAGCGCGAGGGUAUCGUCAGGGACUUGCUCUCUGUUCUGAGCAGUAUCGACAGGGUUAACAUGGAGCCGAACGCGGACAGUCNNUUGUCUCGUAAGGGACAAGUGGCGCAGCAAGCUGAGGAAUAUCUUGCAGCGUUCCUUGAGAUUCUAGUAAAGCUGGAGCGUGUGAACCCUGGACAUGACGACCCUCACAACCCCAACGACGAAGAAACCGAGUUGCGACACUGGGCGGACCUU